AUGUACUGGUACCUAUAUUGCCUACUUGAAGAAGCCCACACCUCGAUUUCAAAACUUCAAACCUUACAAUACUGGACUGUUAUGAGUGACAACUCCUCGAUAUGCGACUGGAGAUUAUCGAGUCAAACUUCUAAGGGACCACUUCCACCGCUCUUCAAAAAAGAAAUUGGAGCCAAGAUCAGGGCACAUGCACCUAAACCAUCUUUUGCUUUUGCAGCUCUGGUCGUGGCCCACAAUGUUCAUGCGGAGCUGAAACCACACAUCACCACCGCAGCUGAGUACAACACGGAAUGCAAAACAUGCCCACGGUCAUUAUGUCCUAAUCAGAUCUACUAUGGCCAAAAAGAUUAUUUCAAUGUAACAUGUUGGACGAGGGGAACAAAGAUAAUGGGCGACAGACUUUGGUUGAAGAGUGAGGAAGGGUGUUAUGUUACGCAGUACGAUGUACUGGAGUAUGACGGUGAUUAUACGACAGAUCUUGAAUACUGCGGGCCAGAGUCUGAAAAGCAGGACCUAACCAUUGAAGAUGCGACCCUGAAGUAUAAGACCGAAUGUAGAAUCUGUCCCGAGCUCAAUUGUGAUACGAUGGCGUACCUGAAGGAGGACACCGAUGUGGAGUUGACCUGCUGGUAUCCUGAAGGUCAAAUGAUCAUUGACGAUCCAUAUUGGUUGAAAACGACCAACAACUGUUAUGUCGCACGGAAGAAUCUGUAUUCCAAGCCCGACAUUACGUACCUCGACAACUGUGGGCCCAUCCCACUUCUCGAGCCCGAGAAACACAACAACGAAAAUGGAACCAGCGAUAAUAACAAACGGGAAACUGCGUCCAGAAUCAACUCCAUGGGCGUCAUGUACUUGAUCAAUGUGACGGUAGGCGAGGAGUAUGCAUAUUGUCGCUCCUGUCCCGAAGAGAAAUGUGAAAGUGAGAAGCUGUACGAGUUUGACCAGGAAGUUUGGCUGCAGUGUGUGACCAAUAACAAUCCGAACGGGACCUGGUGGAGUCAAACGACAGACUUCUGCUAUGUCAAGAACUCGGACUUCUGGGAAAGCCCGGAAGGCGACUGUGAGCUCGUCCAUACCCUGCCCCCUGGAGAAAUCGAACUAAUUGACCACAGACUAUCGGAUGCCCACCUGUGA